GCACAGCUCUCACUACCUCUAUCUACUUGUUGCGCACCUCUCUUAACACAUUUGCCUGCCCAAUGGAGUACUCCUCGAUGCAUGGUCACGCGAUCUAUCCACAAUCUGGCCGGGUCGUAGCGAUAGGCGACGACAGCUCGUCUUUCCGCGCAGGGACACCCUCCACGCAUUCCUCGCACGAGUCAUCGACGGAUCCGACGUCGCAUAAUGCGGAGUCCCCAAAAUGCUCUGUCAUCUUCACGCAGGAAGUAGACCCUGUGCUCCUGAAGACAUCACUUGAGGACCGCGUCGCGUACCUCACCGACUUCCUCAACUUUACGGCACACGACGCAGAAGUCAUUAGGCAGAUAGCUCCGGCUGUCAACGAUGUCAUCCCUGGAUUGGUUGACGAUCUUUAUUCGAAGCUCUUCGAGUUUGAUAUCACGAAGAAGGUUUUCAUGGCUCGGAAUCAGGGCUUCGAAGGACCAUUACCUGCAAAGCUGGAAGAUCUGACGCUUGACAGCGCUCAGAUCCAGUUCCGCAAGGUCUUUAUGAAAGUAUGGGCAAGAAAGGUGUUGACUUCGGACUAUACCAAUGGCAAGACGUGGGCGUACAUGGACAAAGUCGGCAUUAUGCACACCGGUGUGUCACCAUUCAAGCACCAGAGAACCAUGGGCAUCGCCCCGCUCAACGUGCCUUACCGUGACUGCGCCCUGGCACUGGGACUGGUCCAAACACUGCUUCAAAGCGCUAUUCUGCAGCUGCCCGACCGAACAGCAACUAUGUCCACUAAAAUAGAGGCUGUUGCUGCCAUCACGAAGGUUAUCUGGAUACAGAACGACCUCUUCUCUCGGCAUUAUAUCAACGAAUAAUGGCUGAUUUUAAAUAUCAUAUUCACUGUAUAAUACUCCGAUCACGAGCAUCGCACAUAUGUCGUAGCUACGAAUACGUCUACCAUAACAGGCUUAAUGAUGAUAACUUUAACACC